CACUUUAUUUAGUUAGUCUCCUGCUGUCUUGCAGGAAUCGUGGUGAGCUUUGCUCCGGAAAGUGAGUGCGGAAUUUUCGACCACGUGUUUGUGCUUUGUACAGUUACGAGUCUCGAAUUUUCCCCACAGAGAGACGUGCUCGCUAUGCUCUUUUUUCGCGUUUUUUGACUCGAGAUUCCAUCACGGUCGGAAAUCGAUUCGUUGUUUAUUUACUCUCGUGUCUAAUCUGGUACGCUAAUGAGACGAAUUUUCUGCAAAUCAUACCGGGAGUGUCCUAAUCAUUAAAAUGCCGAAAUGGUGCUGCAGAACGCCUCGAUCACUAUCAACCCGCGGAAGCAGAAGCUCCAAGAGGGGUCUCCGCAAGUGCCGGCAAGGGGCCGAUUCGUUGCCAGGCGCCAGCAUCAGAGCAACACGACAUGGCACGGAACGACAACCGCUCUGACGGGGGUGCAACAGCCCCCCAUCAGGCAGAGCCCGGAUAGGCUCAAAGGCACGACCUGCGACCUAUUCGAGCUCUUAGAAAAAGCCCAAAGUUCCAGAUUAGAUGACCAAAGAUGCGUAUUACCAGCCUACUUCAACCAGGCGCCCUUGGUGCAGAGACAGCACAGCGUUCCAGGGCCGGACCCCCGGGACGAUUGCCGUCUUUCGACCAACAACAACGUGAAAAUCUGCACCACGCCGCCGUCUUCGCCCCAACAGGCGACGCAGUCGCGGAGGCUGCUCCAGGAGACGCUCUCGCGGCCGCCCCCGUACCCCAUGAUCGCCGUCCCCGAGAAGGGCUAUUGGGUGGAUGGCACCGACCAUGAGGUCAGUUUCGACCACAGAGGCGUGCCCAUCCUCCCGCACCAGACGUGGAGGGCGAAGAUCGAAACCGACGAUACCGGAAAGUGCUACAGGAGGUUCUACGUCGGAAGGGAGCACACAUCCCUGAUCGGCAACGACGAGACCUUGGGCCCUGUCCUCCUGUCGAUAAAAACCGAGAACGUGGCCAACCAGGAGCACACCCGGAUCCUCCUCCGGAUGCGCACCGGGACCAUGCACGAGAUCGUGCCCUCCUCCUGUCUCGGCGACAGCCCCAGCCCGGCCCGCAUGGCGAAACUCCUCAACGAACAGCUCAACAUCGACAACUUCGUCCCGGUGUUGCACCCGAAAGCUUCCCAACUCAUCGCCAACUACGACGAGCAUGUCCUCGUUACGAACUUCAAAUUCGGCGUCAUGUACCAGAAGUUCGGGCAGACGACGGAAGAGGAGCUGUUCUGUAAUAACAUCACCAGUCCCGCCUUUGACGAUUUCCUUGCGCUGCUCGGGCAGAGGAUACAGCUCAAGGAUCACAAGGGAUACAGAGGCGGCCUGGACAUCCAGAACGGGCACACGGGGGAUCAAGCGGUUUACGAAGUGUUCAAAGACCGCGAAAUCAUGUUUCAUGUCUCCACCUUGCUGCCCUACACGGAAAGCGACCCCCAACAGUUGCAGCGGAAGAGGCACAUAGGCAACGACAUCGUGGCGAUCGUUUUCCAAGAGGAGAACACGCCCUUUUCGCCAGAUAUGAUAGCGUCGCACUUCUUGCACGCGUUCAUCGUAGUGCAGGUGGUCGAGCCCAACACGCCCAACACAAGGUACAACGUGAGCGUGACGGCGCGUGACGACGUCCCCUUUUUCGGUCCGACGCUGCCGACGCCCGCCGUCUUCCGCCACGGCCCCGAAUUCAAAGAGUUCCUUUUGACGAAGUUGAUCAACGCCGAAAACGCCUGUUACAAAGCCGACAAAUUCGCCAAAUUGGAGCUACGGACGCGCACUUCGCUCCUCCAGACCCUCACCGAAGACCUCAAAGAGAAAACGAACGAAUUCCUGGGCGGCAGUGCGACUGUCGUUCCCGGAACGCCGAAGAGCGAUUCCGGGCCCGGGUCGCGCUUCAUCGACACCGUCAAGAAGGCGUGGAGUGCGAGGGUUAAGUCGAGCCAAAGCGUCGAUAACAACUUAGCUAAUGCGAACGGACACGAACGACUGUCGAAGAAGUCGAGCCAGCCGACCAUCUCCGAGUCGACGCCAUCGAGUGGGCGUUCGCUGUCGAAAAGUUCGAUCGUUUCGAACGGGAAGAAGAGUCCGAACUCGUCGACGGCGUCCUCGCCCGAUCUCACGGCACACGCUCAUGCACAUCCUGCGAUGUCGGAGGCUAGUGACGAUUCGUCCCUCACCAGUGAGGACCUGGAGGAGCACUUGGCUGGGGGCUAUAUCGACAGUGACACCGGUCUGGAGAGCAUGUCGAGUGCCGAAACGGCGGCGAAGGCGUGCAGCGUGUGCCAGGAGAGGCCCACGAGCACGACGGGCCCCAGCAGUAGCGAAGUGCUCGCCCAGGAAGUGGCCAAACUCAAGUGUGAUAAACUGGACUUGUUGAGACAGAAUGUGAGCUGUCAGCGGGACAUCAAGCGGCUGCGAGAGAAGGAGUUGAGUUUGCAGGGCGACCUGGAAGCGGCCAAGAAGGAAAUCAUCAGGUUGCGGGAGCUGCUGAAGGAUUACAGUCCCAAUGGGGACAGAUCUCCGGUUUAAUUAUUGUUAUUAUUGCGUUUCGUUGCGGUAAUUAUUGUUUUAAUAUUUAAAAUAAUCGAUUACUUUCUGUUUCUUCUCAAAUCUUUACAUAGCUGAUAUGUAAACGGUGUCAAUUAGAUGUUUGCACAUUACCUACACAUAGAUGCAUCCACACAAAAUACGUAUUCUCUUCACUGCCUUGUGAUAUCAUCUGGGUUUUUGUUUCGCGUUUUCGUCCCUUUAUGAGUAAACAGGGGAUUUUCGUUUUUUAUUUUAGUCGCAAUACUCGAAUGAACAACGAAGUUACUCAUUGAGGGAGUGGGCCUUUUCUUUUUCUCUUCGAAGAAUUGUUUAGUUUUUUAAAUAUUUAUUAAUAUUGUCUGUAUAGUUAUAAUACAACUUUACCAACAAAAUGAUACCAAAGUUAACAUUCCCCAAAAAUUCUGUUUCAGAAAUUAAAUUAUUUACUAAGUGUACAUAACAAAGUAUUUAUUAGUUCGUAAGGCGAGCAGAGUUUCCUGAGGAUAUUGUUAAUAAUGUAGAUUUCUAUAUUUUUACUCUGUUCAUUUUUUUAAGUUUGUACAACUGCAAUAUGUAUUACUAAAGUUUAGUACCCAUUACAUUAAGUUUUUAUUUUGUACAUAGGAAACACACGAUUACAUACUCUUCUAACUGAGAACUGUAAUAGGUGUAAUCAACGUCUGGCAUUAACUCCUCCAGACGAAUCUAUGGCCUUCUUAGGACGAUCUGAAGUGAUACAAAUAUUCAUUUAAGUGUAAUCGUUACAAAUUACAAUUAUUUAACUCUUUAUUCGAAAGCUUUUUAUUUUAAGUACCUAUUAAUUCAUACGAUUAUUAAGUGUUCUUUGUAUAUAGAUUAUGUAACUCUUUUAUGUACCUUGAUUUGUCGUAACGACGAUGUUUUCUGCAAAUAAAUUCAUUAAAUCAA